GAGUUGAAGAAUAAAUAGUUAUAGUUUUCCUUAGUUAUGAUAAGAGAUAAAAUAGAUAUAAAUAUUGUAACUGUAAUUCUUACUUGAUAACUGUUUUGUUAUAUGUAAUUUUACUAUGCUAAAGUUAAAGCCUUUCUUUUUUGUUUAAACGGAAAAAGGGGAAAUGAUGUGGGAAUGAUUUCUUACUAAUAAAGAAACUGCCUUGGCCCAUUUUAUUGGAUAGAAAAUUAGGUAGGCGGAGUAUACAGAAGAGAAUUCUGGGAGAAAGAAGGUUAGAGGAAGAGUCGCCAUGAUGCUCCCACUCCAGACAGACGCAGGUUAAGAUCCUCUCUGUGUCUCCCUGGAGGUGUGUACUCCAGAAACUGCUAAAAAGAAAGGCGGUGUGAAGGGGGAAGGCCACGCAAUGGGCCCGGGAGAUGCAGAAUCCAAGCAGGAGGUGCUGAACAUUGUUCACACAAUCGGGCCCUUGACAGCAAGACUUCUUUUCUUGAAACAUCGAGCGGAGCGUCCUGACACCUCUCGACAUUAGGCUGCUCAAAGAGCCUCGUCAGGAGCGGCAACCAGGAUGAGGCCUGCGUGUCACCUCCCACACUACCUCCAGAAGUUCUGACCUACAAAAUGACCCACAGAGCACAUGCCCCAAGGCGUGAGCUCAGCAGGCAAGUAAGUAGGAAGUGCACCUCCUCUCCAAGAGAAAGCAGACACGACUGACGUCAGCUUAAACAGUUAUGUCCAGGUCUACUUCCUAGGAUACCGGCGGCGCUAUUUUAAGACGCACCGAAAGGUGCGUGAGGCCUUUGGGGAAGAAAGAGGAGGAAACUAGACAUGCACACUUUAGCUCCUCCUGACUCCUCCAGCAUCUCCUACACCGGUAGGGGCUCAACUUCUGCUGAGGAACCCAAGCACUGCUCUGUGUGCGAGCCUGCAGCAGGUGUUUGAUGGACACAGCAACUGAAGACAAAUGAAGACAAAAACUCGCUAGCUACUUAAGUGUUUGCUCCUCCGGAGAGAAUGCAAUAACAUUUCCGAGAGAGCCAGGUGAGCUGACACAUGGCUGUCUGAAAUCCCAGCACUCCAGAGCCUGUACCAGGAAGGUUUCGAUGAAUUCCACCUCAGCCUACGCUACAUAGUCUGCGUGGUGGCCUACCUUGGACUGUUCAUGCUCUGUGUCUCAUACCAAGUUGACGAGAGGACAUGUGUCCAGUUUUCUAUGAAAGUGCUCUACUUCCUGCUGAGUGCCCUGGGCCUGGUGGUCUGCACGCUGGCGGUGGCAUUUGCCGCCCACCACUGCUCGCUGCUUGCCCAGUUUACCUGUGAGAGCUCUCUCGAUUCUUGCCUGUGCAAACUGCCUUCCUCGGAGCCUCUCAGCAGGACCUUUGUGUACCGGGAUGUGGCGGACUGUACCAGCAUCACGGGCACUUUCAAACUGUUCUUAAUCCUCCAGAUGGUCCUCAACCCGCUCUGUGGCCUUGUGUGCUUGCUGGCUUGCUUUGUGAUGUGGAAACACAGGUACCAGGUCUUUUAUGUGGGUGUUAGGCUGCGCUCCCUGAUGGCUUCUGAUGCUCAACCACAAAAGGCCUAAGAGCUUGGCUCAGGGGUAGAGGCGGAAACGGAACCCUGACUAGCCAAGGUGAAAAAAUGCAAUUUUCUAAAGGCAAACUCUUGAAAACAAAUUAUUCAUUCUCUAAGGGAAUAUUUUUAGAUUUUUUUUCAGAAAACAAAAGAACUUUUUUUUAGAUCUCUAUUGGUGCAUUUUAAAAUAUUCUUGUGAGGACAGGGUGGAGAGAUGGCUCACACGUUUUCCUGCAGAGGACCCGAGUUCAAGUUCAGUUUCAGAACCCAAGUUGGGUGGUUCACACCCCCUGUAUCUCCAGUGUGGGCAUGGGGUACCCCAUACACAUACAAACACAUGCCCAUAAUUUUUUUAAAAAACUUAUUUUUUUAAAGUUUUUUUUUUUUUUUAUGAGAAACAAGAUUCAAAAUGAUUUGACAAACCCUGAAAGGCAAAGGAUUGACAGAGGAGGACCGGGCGCCCGGGAUCUCGUGCUGCACUCGGGGGCUUCCUCCUUACUCUUUCAUCCGUGACUCACGUAGCCUCCUUUCCUGUCUGUCCAGUGUGAGGUGUGAACUGGUGUGCAAGGCCGCUUCCUACACCGUAGAUUCCUCUAGUUCCUUCUACCACCUUCCGUUAUUCACGUGGUGUCUCCGAGAACGGUAGAGGUCUGGGGGAAGACGAAUCUCUGUGCUGAAUGCUUUUAUUUUUCACAGCAGAGAUGUCCUUAAGGAUUGAAAUAGCUUUUU